AUGUUCAAAAUCAAAAAAGUUACCAACAUAUGGGGUAUAGUGGCAAUGGUUGCAUUUGCUUUAAUUGCUAUAACUUCAUUACCAAAAGUUAGAAGAUUAAACUUCAAUGUUUUCUAUUUGAUGCAUUAUAUCAUGACUUGGACUUGUGUUAUUUCUGUCCAUUUCCAUGCUGUACCUGGUAUCGGCCUUUAUACAAUAUUGAAUGUGAUUAUACUAUUGGUACAAAUUAUUUAUAGAGUUAAAAACACUCGAAAGACUAAAGUCACAGUUGUUCCGAUAUCACCAACCUUAUCAUUAGUGGAAUUUCCACUUUCGUCAAUUUCUCAAAAGAAUGUUAUACCAGGAGGUCAUGUUCGUAUAAAUAACAAACAAGGGGUAUUAAAGGAUUGGUUUUACACAUUGGUUCCAUUAGCUCAUCCAUAUACGAUUGCUUCGCUACCAAAUGAUCCAACAGUUAAAUUAAUCAUCCGUAAAGGUAAAUUUCCAUUGAAAACCAAUAAAGAUUAUUAUAUCACUGGUGCAUUUGACGCAAAAUUAGAUUUCAUGAGAGAGCAAUCACUUUUAGAUAAAUUCUUAGCACCGAAAAGAUCACCAUUAUUAAGAGCUCCUUUGAAAUAUACAAUUGAUGCACAGAGAGUUAUGAUUGUUGUUGGUGGGAGUGGUAUAUCAUUUGGUAUUCCCUUACUGAGAAUUUUGAAUUACAAUGGUAUUAGUGCAAGAUUGAUGUGGGUUUGUAAAGAUAUUAAAGAUUUGAAUCUGAUCAACCAUUUUAAAGGUGUACAAGGGAUUGAAUGCUAUAUCACUGGUGAUGUGAACGAAAAUGAUAUAAAUAUUGAUUACCUGGAUGAUGCUAAGGAUAUUAAUCCAGUUCAACCCGUUGACUAUGGCUCAUUCCAAGAUCAAAAUCAAGAAGAAGAUGAGAUUGAUUUCACUACGAUUGGUAAAGCAUAUAAAGAGGCACACGAGGGAAGGAAAAGCGUGUCAACUAAAUCAUCAUCAGAUACGUUUAAAGAACAUGAGAAUGUUAACAUUGAUAUUUCAAACUCUUGUGGUUAUGGUUAUAAUUCGUCAACAACAAUGACAGAAUCCCCCUCGAUAGAUUAUAAUAAUCCAAUAAAUAUCAACAAUCAAGAGACACUACAUCUUUUACCUCACCAUAAAUCAAUUCCUGAAUCUUUGAAUCCUGAAUCUUUCAAAAACAUUAAAAUUCCACAGAGUGUUAAAAUUUUUUAUGGUCGUCCAAAUUUAGGAUCAGAGCAUUAUGAUUGGUGUUUACAAUCUCAAUGUGUUGGACCAACUCUUAGAUCAGGGCACAAUGUUUGUUGUAGAGACAUUGGAGAACAUGAUGUUGAUAAAUCUAAGAUUUGGGUUGUUGCAGCAGGUCCCACAGGGUUAGUUGAUCAUGCUAAACAAUGGGCUAUUGAUGGUGGUCUAAGAUAUCAUAUUGAAAGUUUUUCUGUUUGA